AUGGCAGCUGCUCCCGAAAGCGCAUCCGCUGCAGAUUCUGGACCUUCUGAGCCAGUAUCAGUUGCUUCGGGCGAGCAAACGAAUGGCCAGGAUGCUUUUUCACUUCCUGCUGGGCCUACCUCGCUCAACGGGGAGGAGGGGGUACAGACGGAGGCGCCAGCGGUCAACGUGUCCCUUCGAGCGCUGAUCGUAAGCUCGGAUGCGAGCAUCAUCAUUGGCAAGCAAGGGAAGCACAUCAACGAGAUUCGGGAAAAGAGCGGGGCCAAGCUAGCUAUCAGCCAAAGCAUACCCGGCAACCCAGAACGAAUCAUGUCCGUCUCCGGUCCUCUGGAUGCAGUCAGCAAGGAGUUCGAAUUUGGCCAGGCUUUCGGCCUGAUCGUUCGCAGGAUCAACGACGAGCCAUUUGAUCAGCCUUCCCUCCCGGGCAGUCGUGCAUUCACCAUCCGUUUCAUCGUUCCCAAUUCACGCAUGGGUUCGGUGAUCGGAAAGCAGGGAACAAAGAUCAAGGAGAUCCAGGAGGAGAGUGGAGCACUACUCAGAGCAGGCGAAGCCAUGCUUCCUGGGAGCACAGAGCGUAUGCUGAGCGUGUCAGGGGUGGCAGAUGCAGUUCACAUUGCAGUGUUCUACGUCGGAGCCAUCCUGGCCGAAGGUUCGGAUCGUAUGGCUUCGAAUCUCGCAUACAGACCCGGUGCCGCUGCAUAUGGUGCCCCAGCUGCAGGUGGCGCAACCUAUGGCGGUGCUUUUGGCGCUCCUGCCCCGGGCGGCUUUGCAGGAGCAGGAAUUCCCAUUCCGGGCGUUGGAGUUGGAACAGGUACUCGUGGGAUUCCCAGCAUCGGCCAAGGGCCACCUGCAGCCGGCUCGCAAACACAGCAGAUUUACAUUCCCAACGACCUUGUUGGAAGCGUUAUCGGUAAGGGUGGCACCAAGAUAAAUGAAAUCCGGCAGGCUAGCGCGACGCACAUCAAAAUCAUGGACGACACAAAUGCGCCAGAGCGGCUGGUCACGAUCACUGGACCGCCGGCCAAUAUUCAGCUCGCCGUGAACCUGCUGCAUCAGAGGGUCGAGGACGAGCGGAGAAGGCUUCAAAGUGCAACUGCACAGAGCUAG